AGAGAGUGGAGGGACCAGGCUGGCAGCAUAGGAGCCAAGCAGCAGUCCCUGGACUAGAAAUCCAAGAGCAUAAAACGCUCCUCCGAGCUGCCGCAUCCGCUCCUGCCUGCGCUCACCCUCCGGUGGGAGCCGAGAGCGGUGGGAGCACACGGCUUAGCUGGGCUUUCCAAUUCCUGCAGGCAACGCCCAUGGUCCUGGACCGCACCUUCAAGACAACUUAGGGAGGUCUACUCUCUCCAGUUCCAAAAGAAAGUUUGGACAAAGUGAAUUUGGGGUGCAUUUGGGAGAUGGCAGCUGCUCCCUCUGCUUCCUCUGUGUCACCUCUCAGAAGUCCCCACCUCCAACCCUCUCCAACCUUCCCACACUGACACCCAGCUCCCAGUCCCUCUUUUUCUUUCUUUGGUCCCUAAGCCUCUCUGGGGUCAGGGAUGUUGGUCCUGUUCCCUUCUUUCAUUUUCCUUUCCAUCCCUGUCUGCUGAGCUGUCUCACCUGUUUCUACCUUCACCCCAUCGUCACCCCUCACCUCCCUUCUCUCCACCUCUAAACCUUUCUCUUUCAUUCCAUUUUAUCUACCAAAGUUCUUACUUGCACCCAUACCUCCAUCCACCUUCCCCUCCUUUUCUCCCUGAAAUUCUAACUAUGAAUUCUGAGCCUUCUUGGACUGCCACCCCCUCCCCUGGGGGCACCCUGCCUGUCCCCAAUGCUACCACACCGUGGCUAGGUAGGGAUGAAGAGCUAGCCAAGGUGGAGAUCGGUAUCCUAGCUACUGUCCUGGUUCUGGCCACAGGAGGCAACCUGGCUGUACUACUGACUCUGGGCCGCCAUGGCCACAAGCGCUCCCGCAUGCAUCUGUUCGUGCUGCACUUGGCCCUGACCGACCUGGGCGUGGCGCUUUUCCAGGUACUGCCUCAGCUGCUCUGGGACAUCACCUACCGCUUCCAGGGCUCUGACCUCCUCUGCCGGGCUGUCAAGUAUCUACAGGUGCUCAGCAUGUUCGCUUCCACUUACAUGCUGCUGGCCAUGACACUGGACCGGUACCUGGCUGUCUGUCACCCUCUUCGAAGCCUCCGGCAGCCCAGCCAGUCCACCUACCCUCUCAUUGCUGCUCCCUGGCUGCUGGCUGCCAUCCUCAGCCUCCCUCAAGUUUUCAUUUUUUCAUUGCGAGAGGUGAUCCAGGGCUCAGGGGUGCUGGACUGCUGGGCAGAUUUCUACUUUUCCUGGGGCCCGCGGGCCUACAUCACCUGGACCACCAUGGCUAUCUUUGUGCUGCCGGUGGCGGUGCUCACAGCUUGCUACGGCCUCAUCUGCCACGAGAUCUACAAGAACCUGAAAGUCAAGACCCAGGCUGGCAGGGAGGAGAGGAGGGGCUGGCGGACUUGGGAUAAGUCCUCAUCUUCUGCAGUUGCUACUGCAGCCACGAGGGGGCUGUCUUCCCGGGUCAGCAGCAUCAGUACCAUCUCCAGGGCAAAGAUCCGAACCGUGAAGAUGACCUUUGUCAUCGUGCUGGCCUACAUUGCUUGCUGGGCACCUUUCUUCAGUGUCCAGAUGUGGUCUGUGUGGGAUGAGAAUGCCCCCGAUGAAGAUUCUACCAAUGUGGCUUUCACCAUCUCCAUGCUUCUGGGCAACCUCAGCAGCUGCUGCAACCCCUGGAUCUACAUGGGCUUCAACAGCCGCCUGUUGCCACGUUCCCUGAGCCACCGUGCCUGCUGCACGGGCUCUAAGCCCCGAGUGCACAGGCAACUCUCCACCAGCAGCCUCACUAGCCGUCGCACCACGCUGCUGACCCACGCCUGUGGUCCCCCUACUCUCCGACUCAGCCUUAACCUCAGCCUCCGUGCAAAGCCCAGGCCUGCAGGCUCACUGAAGGAUUUAGAGCAGGUGGACGGGGAAGCCACUGUGGAGACCAGCAUCUUUUAGAGAAGAUUCUCUGGACUCUGGUUCUGCACAUCUCAGGCACCCGGAAUGUGGACUAGCCUGCUCAGGGAUGGUAGGAAGUGGAGCUUAGUUUGAGGCAGGGUGAAGAGGCCAGAAUGGCUGCCAUUACUCUAGUUGUCAAGGCAGCGCCUAGUGUAGGUAUGGACCACUCUCUCUCAAUUUUAGAUUGUUGGAAAUCAGAGCACUUGAUCCCCCAUUCUUGCCACAUUCCUGGAGUACCUAUAAAUAUACCCAACUGGUAGAUAUAGUGUUCUAGAUCUGGGACAGCCUAGAUGGCACUGCCAAUGCAGAGGUUCAUCUCACUACUUGGUUAACCGACCUGAUUCUAACCUCACAGUUGCAUCGCAGUGGAACAGGGAGAGGAGAGAAUAGAUUAUUAGAAAGGGGGAUGGAUAUGUGGGACUUCCAUCCAUGCCAACCUGUCUACAGAAAUGAGGUGGUCUGAUGGUGAUGUAGAACCUGAUACCUAGUAGGACUGUAGUAAAUGCUGUCCCUUCUCCUCAUCAGCCUCACCACAGGACAGGUUGUCUGGGAAUACACUGUUCAUUCUCAGUGGUGUGGCUCACUGCAGCUGAGAUAGGGAGAAAUGGGAGAGAGAAGAAGGAAUAAAAAUGGUUACAGUAAAGACCAGGAACAGGAGUAAGUUUGAAAGGCACAGGGCCAGCAUCUUCUCUCCCCCUCCUCCUGUGGACCCAGACUUCCUGUGGGGCAGUGUGGAACACUUCCUUUUUGA